UGCGAUAACCCCGCACGGAAAUUAAAUGCACCAUCUUCUGUACUGUGAGUGCGAGCUGUGUAGAACGCUGCUCGCAGGAGGCGUCUUUAGGAGGAGAUAGAAUCGGUGAACCAAUAUUAAAGCUCAUUAUGAAACAGCAUGACACGUAUUACCCACUUUCUGAGACAUUGGAAUUUAAAGCGUGCCUAUUUCGUGUCUCUCAGUAACGCCUUUGCAGAAAAUGCAUUUGCAUUUCAAAGUUGACACAGUUAUGAUUUUAAAAGAAUGGGUUCCAUUUGUCAUCACUUAGAGGUAUGGCAAGUCUCUAUAACCACUACUCGGAUAUCAGAAGAGUUCUGCAGAAAGUGCUGGUCAUGUUUUCAAUUUUCACCCUGUGCGCUUCCCUGUUUUACUUAUUGGCCGGCUGCUGCAACUCUUUGCCUUUGGAUGCUGUGGAUAGCAUUGCUGUGAAGCAAUCUCCCCAGUUAUUUUACAAAACGUAUGGGAAAAGCUUUGAAAAGAAUGUCUCAAAUUGCACUAAUGGCAUGCUGGUCCCGGCUCCAUUUAUAACAUCUUUAGAAGGUACAAGUGCUUCUGGAUCGGAAAACAACCAUCCUGGCAAGGACUGGACAGCGGUGCGGAGACUACCUCAAGCACUGAUCCUUGGAGUUAAGAAAGGAGGAACUCGGGCACUCCUCGAAUUCCUGCGACUCCAUCCCGACAUUCGAGCAUUGGGAUCCGAACCGCAUUUCUUCGAUAGACAUUACUCAAGAGGGAUGAACUGGUACAGGAGUAUGAUGCCUAAAGCCCUUGAUGGACAGAUUGUAAUGGAGAAGACUCCAAGAUAUUUUGUGACAGCUGAGACACCUGCACGCAUCCACUCCAUGUCAAAGGACAUCAAGUUAAUUGUUGUGGUGCGGGACCCAAUUACAAGGGCAAUUUCCGACUAUACACAGAUUAUAUCUAAAACUCACAAUAUCCCCAGUUUUGAAACACUUACUUUUAAAAACAGGACUAUAGGACAAAUUGAUUCCCUUUGGAGUCCAAUCUGGAUUGGACUUUAUGCUCAACACUUGGAGAAAUGGCUCGCCUACUUUCCCCUGUCACAGAUCCACUUUGUUCAUGGGGAAAAACUGAUAAGUGACCCAGCAGGAGAACUAGGAAAAGUCCAGGAUUUUCUUGGCCUCCAGAGAAUCAUUACUGACAAACACUUUUACUUUAACAAGACAAAGGGGUUUCCUUGUCUGAAGAAACCAGAAGGAAGCAGUAAGCCUCACUGCCUAGGCAAAACAAAGGGCAGGACACACCCAAAAAUCGACACAGAAGUGAUAAAAAAACUAAAGGAUUUCUACCAUCCUCAUAAUCUGAAAUUCUACCAAAUGGCAGGGCAGGACUUUGGUUGGCAGUAAACUAGAUGGGGGGUUAUUCAUGCAAAAUAAGAAACACACUUUCUUUAAGGAAAAGAACUGUAAAGCAUCACUUGAAAUUAUUUAUUAUAAAGAAACAUGUGCAAUGCAUCAGGAUCUUUUAGUCUUCUUUACUUGAACUACCAACAUACCAUCUAAAAGCCGGAUACCAACUGCUGUAAUCCAGAAAAGUUCAGAAGACACCAUCCUUAUUGUUCCUUGUUGUCUUGCAGAUUAGUGACAAAUUCCAUGUCUGGAAAGCACAUGUCACUCAUUGUUUGCGCAAAAUUACAGAUCCUUUGAACAAUGUUGAAGAAAGGCAACUAUCUACAAUAAACAUGCUGCUACAAGCAAGUACAUAUGCAGAGAAUAUCGAUCCAUUCCUGUGCAUUUAAUAAGGUCCAUUUUGCUUAAAUACUAUACAGUAUGUAUAUUCUGUAUAUAGACUAUAUAGAAGAUAAAGGUCAUUACAUGAAUAGACUUAAGCAGUUUGAUUUUGGAUCCAUGAAUUGAUUUGAAUUCUGGCAAAAAGUCCCAUUAGAAUUAAAGAAAAAUAACUUAAAGGAGAUGUGAUUUUAGCCACAAUACUAAUAUGUACUGCAUAUACUGUAGCACGAAGGUACUAAUGCUUUAUGAAUACAGUCCAAUAUAUUUUUCCAAGGACACGAAUAAUACUGUUUUUUAUUCAAAAAACUGUGUGACCCUAAAAAGCUGGUGCAAUUAGGAUCAGUACAAUAUUUGUAUUAAUUUAAUGAGGUAAUAACAUUGCUUUAUUAAACUCGUUUUGAACUGUCCUAUUUUGAAUGAAGUGCAAAAGCAAGAUUGAACCCCAUCUACCUGCAACUGAGACCUAAAUUAAAUGAAAGUCUAUGGCAGCACCAUAGCUAUAGUUUAUAAUGGCUGUGGCAGCACCAUCAUUUUGAUUUAAUCCAGGCCUAAAUUGUUUCUUGCUAGUUUAGAAUGUUUUCCGUAACUGUUAAGCUGUAAAAUAUGAAUUCACACAAUUGAUACACACAUUCCAGAGAAAUUCUAAAAGAAACUCACAAUAUGAUUUUGCAGCUAUUUUUAAAAAGUGUGGAGGUGGGGAGGGGAGGGGGAUUAUAUAAAGGAGACAUACUGUACAAUGCGCCUCAUUAUAGGAAGACCCAACUAUCUCAUCAGUAUUAUUGCUGUCGUUGCACCAAUCGCUUUUUCUAAUUUAUGAAAGCCAUAAAUAUGUCUAUUUUAUUGAUCUUUUUUUUUUAAAUCUGUAAAAGCAAAUGUUAAUUUAAUACUGUAGUUUUAUUAUGAAUAUUCAUGAUACUGGAAGUAGCAGUUCUGAAGAAGUAGGAUCAUGUUUCUAUUAAAAUGUGUCAAAUAUCACAAGUGUACGUUAAGGAAUAAUGCUAGCAAAUAAAACACUAUUUAAAUAACGUUCUCUGUCCGAUGCUAGGUCUUGCCCUUGUUUCAGUUAGGAAUUAAUUUCAUUAUUUGUAGUUUAAGUGAAUAAGGUAUUAAUUCAAAUUGAGAGGAAGGACAAUACAAGAAGACUAUGAUGCAUCAAAAACACCACACAUAUACUGUCUUACAUUUAGAUGAUGUACUUUGCACUAGUUCUGUUUCAACUUUGGGAUGUUAACAUGAAGGAAUUUAAUAAAUAUUCUGUUAUUUUUUUCUGGUGCCAG